AUGAACUACUCGAGCUUCGAAUUUGUGGUCUCCCUUCUCUUGGUUUUAAUUUGCUGGUUCGUUUAAUAAUUUCUGGGUAAUUUUGCGUAGCCAUGAAAUGUGAAGAUAUACUGCGCGUGACGAAUCAGUGGAAGAGUAACACCAUGAGUACUUUUCUCGAGCUGAUUUCUAAAAAUAAACAAGCUACAUGUUGAAAAGUUUUAGUAAGAGAAGUUUAAUGAUCGGAAAAUUGACAUGGCAAAAUGUAAGAAGAUAAUUCGUUGGACCAUAUUUAUUCCUGCACUUUUUGCGUUUCAGUCCAGAGGUGAACCGCCUAUAUAUGCUUAACCUUGCUCCACCUAUUGCGAAAGUCUGAUCAAAAUUCUUCGGUGGGACGUUUGAAAGAGGACACGAACGUUCGCUACAGGACCCAUAUUCUUAAUUCAUUGUUAAAGGCAGAUAAAAUGACUUGCUUUACAGCGUCUUCUAAUACAUGAGUCAUGUUUUAAUUCUCUAAAAGGUUAUUUUCUUCAAACUCAUAAGUUUUGAGGUGUGUGUUAAGAACUAUGAUAAUAUGUUUUUUUUUUUGAUUUUGUAGAAGUUGAAACAAAAAUUUGUAAAUUAAAAAAGCGAAGGGCUUUUAGCGCGUUAGGAGCGCCUUACGAGAAGAAGGCGGACAUCACCUCCUUCACGUCGGCGAUCAACGGCGCAGGACGGCUUCGGUACGGAAAACGAUCCGACGAAGAAGCCCUUCUUUUCAAGUUAGUUUCUUUUUUUCGCCAACUUUCUUUCCAACCUCAUCCAAUAACCAUCAAUUGCGAAUAUGCGGAUAGUAGAACACUUGAUACGGGUAGACAUUUGAUCCUUGUAUAUUUUCCAGAAGUAAAUAUAAAAUAUGUGGAUUAUAAAGCGUGUUUUCGUGUUUUGUGCAACGAAACGUAGGUCCGGCCUCAUGAAUAUUUCUUAGCGAGUUGAAAUUUUGGAAAUCUCGUGAGAACAAAUUUGGAAUCCUCGACGUCUAUCUUUUAUCGUUGAACCUCAUGCAUACUUUCAUUCCAGCGACGACGUCAGCGAACCAUAUGAGUACUUCGGCCCAUACUUUGUGGAAAAGUGGGUUUUUUCGUAUGUCGAAUGAUCUUUUAUUUGCUAGCUCUAAAAAUCAGUUUGAACAUUUUAUUCUAUUAAUCGCUAGCUUGAAAAAAAAACAACGAAGACCUCUAAACACUCUUUUUGGAAACUGUUGCGCCAAUCGUGUGGUGCAAAAAAAAAACUCAUCAGGUAUUUGUUUUUUCAUGCUAAUGUAUGACUUAUUUGCGUUAGGUGGUUUUUAAUUUAUUUCUCCGAAAUUCACAAAAACUCACUCUAACAAAAAAUUACUACUAAGGUUAGGACUAUUCGAGAAUUAUUCAGCGUGAAACGAGCACCAAAAGCCUCAAAGCUGAUCGAAUCGUUGAACGGAGCCCAACGAUUACGGUUGGUUUUAAAGAGAAGCUAAACACGCAAAAAAGUGCAGGUUCGGCCGAAAAUAA